AUGGACUUAGCUAAUUCCCAUGUAGUAGUUGUUGAACAACUUUCGAGAUCUGAUCAUACUAACAAACCAGUCAGUUCCUUGUUAAAGAAAUCAGUAAGGCGAAAGUGUUUUGCUUUUACUGGUGCACAUGAGAUUUUCCGACCAGAGAUGUGGAAAGCAGCUUUAACAGAAUUAACGGCAACUGCAUCUCUGAUGUUCACCUUGACCACUUCCAUUGUUGCAUGCUUGGACUCACAUGAGACUGAUCCUAAGCUUCUUGUUCCCUUUGCAGUUUUCAUCAUAGCCUUUUUGUUCCUAGUUGUGACAGUUCCUCUCUCUGGGGGCCACAUGAGUCCCGUUUUCACAUUCAUUGGUGCUUUGAAGGGUGUUGUCACUCUCACCCGUGCUCUCAUUUACGUCUUAGCACAAAUCAUUGGCUCGAUAAUCGGUUUCUUUAUACUAAAGUGCGUCAUAGACCCUAAAUUAGCCUACACAUAUUCCUUGGGAGGUUGUGCCAUUGAUGGCCAAGGAGUGAGUUUUGGGGUUAAGCCACAGAAUGCUUUGCUAGUGGAAUUCACAUGCACAUUUGUGGUACUCUUUGUGGGAGUCACAUUGGCAUUUGACAAGAAAAGGUCUAGGGAGUUGGGCUUGCCAAUGGUGUGUUUGGUGGUGGCAGGAUCCAUGGCAUUGGCAGUGUUUGUGUCCCUAACUGUAACUGGGCGGGCCGGUUAUGCUGGUGUGGGCCUCAACCCAGCAAGAUGCUUAGGCCCGGCAUUGCUUCAUGGAGGACCACUCUGGCAUGGGCACUGGGUUUUCUGGCUUGGGCCUUUCUUGGCAUGCAUGGUGUAUUAUAUUGUGUCUAUGAACCUUCCAAAGGUGGAUUUGAUUUGGCUUGAGGGAGAACAUGAUGUUUAUGAUAAUACUUCUUUCUCAAAGGAUCUGCCAGAACAAUGCAAUGCAGGUUUCCAACUCCAAGUCUGA